CAGUCACAUGCAAGGUUCAACUCCAUCAUUUCUAUCUGCUCAGUUGCAAGAUGUCUCUGAAAGUUUCUCAGGGUGAGAGGGUGACAGUGAUCACCAUCACCUCAAACCCCAACAGCAAAUGGCCAAUGCUUUGUCAGAUCCUGGGUUCUCAGUGCAGUCCAAUGUGUGCCGUGGAACAGCUCGUAAAAGUGAAGAUGAUGGGCUUUUAUACAGCACUUGGGAUUGUGCAGAUUAUAAUAGGAGUCCUCAAUAUCGUGGCAGGGAUUUUAGUUGUGAGGUUUGGUGCUCCAUUCUGUCUUGGUGGUGUGUUCCUUGUAGUUGGUAUGUUGUCUAUUGUUGCAGCUCAGUUUCGCAGUUCUUCUCUGCUGUGCAUCGCUGAUAAACUAAACUUACUCAGUGCUAUUCUGGCUGUGAUAGACCUUUUACUAUAUUCACUAUAUUUAGGUGAUUUGAUGAGUGAACUUGUGUCAUAUAAGCCCCUCUUAGAACAGUUUCCACGUGCUGCCAGAGAUACCAAAGAAAACCAGAUGAUGCAUGAAGCAUUGUUUGUCACUAUGACCAUCUUUUCAGCCCUUCAGCUCUGUGUGGCCAUCAGUUUCUCUAUCUUGACUUUAAAAGAGUUGUUCAAUAUGAAUUCUGUGGAGGACCCUCAACUUUGCAAGCCACUGAAAGAGGUCACUGUCAGUCAUGUAUGCUAGAAAGACAAAAAAAAAAAGAAAUAUACAUUGUUAAUUUAACUAGCAUUGUUACAUGUUUAUUCUUG